GUCGGAGUACUCAAAUCCUUCCUGCCUCCACCACCCGAAAUUAAAAAACCCCAUUUCGAAAAAACAAAAACCUCUCAGCUGAGGUUUCUCUCUGCACAAACCCUGUGUGAAAGCUAAUACUCAAGUGAAGUCGACAUGCCGCAAGGAGAUUACAUAGAGCUACACAGGAAGAGGCAUGGCUACCGCCUCGACCACUUCGAGCGCAAGCGCAAGAAGGAGGCUCGUGAAGUCCACAAGCGCUCUGAGAGGGCACAAAAAGCGUUGGGUAUCAAGGGUAAGAUGAUUGCCAAGAAAAACUAUGCUGAGAAGGCCCUCAUGAAGAAAACAUUGGCCAUGCAUGAGGAGUCAACUUCUAGGCGCAAGGUGGAUGAUGAAGUUCAUGAAGGAGCUAUUCCUGCCUAUCUGCUGGAUCGUGAAAAUACGACACGUGCAAAGAUCAUGAGCAACACUAUCAAGCAAAAGAGGAAAGAGAAGGCUGGGAAAUGGGAAGUCCCUCUACCUAAGGUGAGGCCUGUUGCUGAAGAUGAAAUGUUUAAAGUGAUUAGAUCUGGCAAGCGGAAGACUAAACAAUGGAAGAGAAUGGUCACGAAAGUCACAUUCGUGGGACCAGGUUUUACCCGAAAACCUCCCAAGUAUGAGAGAUUUAUCCGCCCUUCAGGAUUGCGUUUUACAAAGGCCCAUGUGACACACCCUGAACUCAAAUGCACCUUCAAUCUGGAGAUCAUUGGAGUGAAGAAAAAUCCUAAUGGUCCAAUGUACACAUCUCUUGGUGUUAUGACAAAAGGAACCAUCAUUGAGGUGAAUGUCAGUGAAUUAGGUCUUGUAACACCUGCUGGGAAAGUUGUAUGGGGGAAAUACGCUCAAGUAACAAAUAAUCCAGAGAAUGAUGGUUGUGUAAAUGCAGUUCUUCUUGUCUAGUAAACCACCAAAACAGAAUAUAUGGAUCACGGUGGAUUACUAACUCCUAACAGUUCUAUUUACUUGCGUCAGAAGCUGCUUCAUCUCUUUUCAAUCUUUAUAAUGUUUUCUAUACUUUUUGGUCCUUCGGUUCCUAGUCUAGAUUGGUCUUCAUCUAUUUUUUUCACUUCAAUGGAUAUUUCAAUUUUGUUUAGUUAGAGUAACUGUGAGCAUCGUGUGAGGCUGUUCUAUCAAUGUCAAUGGCUCAAUGCCUAAUGAUUUUCCUGA